CGAAGCUCAACCUGCAAGGAAUCAAAUCUUUCCUUCUUAAGGGAGGAUUCCAUGGAGGCUUCAAGCUCAGAAGAAUGCGUAACAACGUCGUGCUCUUCAUCUUCAAGGCAGAGGCAGAUUAUGUUAGGUUCUUGAGAAAGCAAAAGUGGUAUGUUGGUUCUGCUCUUCUUCAUGUUUGUAAAUGGAAUAAAAAUUGUCACAUAAACUUGGACAGCCCUGUUGUUCCUAUUUGGGUCACCUUCAUUAGCCUGCCAUUACACCUCAUUAGUUUUCAAGCUUUGUUCACAAUUGCAUCUGCUAUUGGACGCCCUAUUCAACUUGAUGAAAGAACUUCCAAACUGGAUAGAGGGAUAGAAGCUAGAGUACUCUUGGAGAGAGAUAUCUCUAUCCCCUUUCCAGAUUCCAUUCAUGUUAGACUGGGGGAUAGGGAUAUCACAGUACCUUGCCAAUGGGAGGAAGGGCAUGCUUUUUGCAAUAGGUGCAGGAAGCUAGGCCACUCAGAUUGCACUCCAGUUCAGCAGCCCACCGGAAAAACUCCCUCCGGCAAGGGUAAGCUUGAUGAGCAAGGUGAUAAUAGGGCCCUCAGCUGGACUAUUGUCAAAGGAAAGAACAAAGAAAGACCCAACAAAAUCCCAUCACAUGGCCUGCAAUCCAAAAUGAAGUGGGUCAGGAAAGAGAAGAUAUCAACAACAGCUACAAGCCAAAACCAAUUCCACUUACUGGACCAGCAUCUGGAGCCUUUUUCAGGUCAGUCACAGUGCCUGUUUGAUAGUUAUGACCCACUAACUUCAGAGGUACAAGCUAUUGACCGAGUAACCCUACUCGAGGGACUCCAUGAUUCCAACGGCAACCCUUCAAAUCAUGUCUUCCCAUCUUUAUCAGAAGCAAAGGAGUAUACUCGGAGGAUGAAAAUCAACAAGUCCCCAGGACCAAAAGCCAAGGAAACUCCCUUCUCCUACAAGGCAAUGGAUGAUUGUCUGUUCAAGAGCCCUGAGAUUGGUCUUGGCAUCUUGCUGGAACCCCUGCAGGCAGAAGGCACAAGGAAAAAUAUUGACUCCCUUAACAACAAGCUUUGGGUUUUUUGGAAAGGGGAUAGAUUCAAACUAUUAUCCUUUCAAGAGUUUGGUCAAAUGUACACCUGUCACUUCUGGGAUAAUAACCUCAGCACCAAGUGUAGCAUCACCUCAAUUUAUGGCAAACACACUGGAAGUCAGAGAAAGGAACUAUGGAAGGACAUCUCUGAUAAUGUUAUCAGUGAUCACCUUUGGAUUUUAGGGGGUGACUUUAACGCUAUUUGCUCCCUUGAGGAGCACCAAGGCUUAACCACCCCCACCCUGGCAGACAUAACAGACUUCAAAGACUGCAUUGAAGCCAUCCCACUCAUUUGCCCAGCCUUUGAAGGAGGUAUCUUCACCUGGAGUGGGGUGAGGAGUAGGGGAAGAAUUUGGAGAAGAUUAGACAGGGCUUUGGUUAACCCUCUCACUAUGAACCAUUUCCUUGAAAUUAACAUGAAACAUCUGAGCAAAACCUCCUCCGACCAUAAGCCUAUCUUGCUGCAAUGCCAACUAGAGGACUUCAAAGGAGCAAAACCAUUCCGAUGCCAAGACUUCUGGUUCACCCACAAUAACUUCCUCAAGGUAGUCAAAGAUAACUGGACUCAGCAGCGCAUGAUAGGAGGAAUGAGGGGACUGGUUAUUAAACUCAAAGGGCUCAAGGCUACACUUAAAAACUGGAGCAGGGAAACAUUUGGUGACAUCUUUGAAGCUGUAAAGGAAGCAGAAUUUAAAGCUAUGAAGGCACAAGAAGAGUAUGAAGAGAAUCCAGUUGAUAUCUUGAGAUCCAUAGCCAAUAAAGCUCAAGCUGAUCUUAUUGUGGCCACUAACAGAGAAACCCUCUUUUGGAAACAGAAAGCUAAUAUUAAAUGGAUGGAAUUAGGGGAUCAGAACUCUUCCUUUUUCCACUCUUAUGUCAAGAGCAGAAGAAGCAACCUCAAGAUCAGAAGCAUUACAGAUGGCAAUGGAAGGAAAAAAAUGGAGGUAGAGGAGAUUCGAAAGGCAGCAGAGGAUUACUUUAAAGAGGUGUUCAGCACUCACAAAGAAGUUCAUGCUCAUCACAUCCUGGAAUAUAUCCCCAACCUCAUCACCCCGGAGGACAAUUUCAUGAUGGGCAGAAUCCCAGAUGAAGCAGAAAUCCAAAAAGCAGUUUGGGAUCUUAGUCCUACUAGCUCAGCAGGCCCUGAUGGAUUCAAUGGCAGCUUUUUUAGAGUGUGCUGGAGUAUCAUUAAAGAGGAUGUCAUCAAGGCCACUCAAGAAUUUUUCCUAGGAGUCCCUAUUCCAAUGGCCUUUGGAAGCACUCUCAUCACUCUGAUCCCUAAGAAGAAAGUCUGUAAGCAUUUCUCAGACUAUAGGCCCAUUUCUCUCUCUACUUUUAUGAGCAAGAUUAACUCCAGGAUCCUGGCCUCUAGGCUACAAACUCUCUUAUCUAAACUCAUCUCUAAGGAGCAAGCUGGGUUCCAAAAGGGAAUGGGUGUAGAUGAUCAUAUCCUAAUGACUUGUGAAAUGGUCCACAAUCUAGACAAACAUUGUGACAGUGGCAAUGCUAUCAUCAAGUUAGACAUGGCUAAGGCAUUUGAUAAAAUCGAAUGGAGCGUUUUAAAGGGGGUUUUAAAAAGAUUUGGCUUCUCUCAGUCUGUUCAAGACUUGUUACUUGCAAACCUAAUUGGCACCCAUAUUUCAAUCCUAAUUAAUGGAUGUCCAACAGAGGAAGAGGCUACAUGGUUUCUGUUCAACGGGGAAUAGGCACACAGACUCUGGAUCGCGACCCAUUUAAAAAUAUUUUCAAAGUAAUGCGGAAGUACAAUAAUAAUCAAAUCAUGACACAUUUAAAAUCUUGAUGAACAAACAUUUGCCUGCCAUCCUUGCAUCUCCUCUGACUCAAUGCCCUCCGGGAGUGGUUCCAUCAUUGUCUUCUUAUUACCUACGUGUAGUCAACGAAAAAUACAAACUACACGCUUAG